AUGGGUAGGGGCGGUGCCGAGAAGCCAUCGGAGGAAGAGGUCAUCGAGCUAGAGGUAAAGCUGACUGCCGGCUGGGAGAGACGGCUCGACUUGCCAUCUGACAAGACGUUCUUGACUCCUCAUCGCCAGCAGGCCACCCAAGACGGCCACCAGGACCUCAACCUGCCUCCCACGGCAUCCACCACCGAUGUCGUCACCACCACCUCCGCGUUCUACACACUCGACAUGGUCCGCGAAGCACUAGAGCGCGCCGCCGCCGCGCGUUCCACCACCUCACCGGACUUGUCGUCCUCCUUGUUGGCGUCCACCUCAUCCUCGUCCUCCUCCCAGGGAAAGCGCAACCGCUCGCCGCCUUCAAGCACAGCGCCAUCGGCUGCAAACCCGACCAUCCGCACGUGCGUGUGCCCGUCCUGCUUCACACACGAGCUCAUCGCCGAGGCCGAACCCUGGUGCCCGCGGUGCGGACCAAAGGUGCCGCUGCUCCCCAGUAUGCCCGCCGCCCACAACAGCAGGAAGAAGCCCAGGAUUGACCUAAAUGCUGAAGCCGAUGAGACCGAAUGAAUAAGAAAAGAUGAAAGACAAAUGUUUUUUUAAUUUUUGGAAAACUUUUUCAUGUAGUCAAUUGGUUGGGGUAGCAGAAGGAUUAGGGGUUGCAAUAGAAUACCAAGGAUUUGGGUCUCAUGCCCCGGGCCAAACCCUGGGGGCCUGGGUCCUAGAUCCACCACUAGGAAGGAGC